AUGAGCGCCCGUCAGAGCCCCGCUACCACCGAGAAAGCCCCACUAUCGAGAGUGCCUCAAGAACCACGCAUUCGGCAUCGACGGCCAUGCCGUCGACGGCUGAGGCGAGUUCAUCCUCACCGGAGACAACGGCAUACUCGAGUCCCUCCGCUGCACGGCCUGCAGCUGCCACCGCAACUUCCGCUGGAAAGAGUUCGACCCCUCCUUAGGCGGCGCCGGCAGCACCCUCGCCUUCGACUUCCUCAAGGCUACCAGAGAGCUCUCGAGUGGCGGCUCCCAGGAUGGCGUCUCCUUUCUGCUCCGCUCCGACUUCCUCGCAGAGCCUGCCACCACAUAUGCGGUUGUCGAGGACAUCGUCGGCAUCAUAGGAGUCUGCCGCCAUGUACUAGGGAUGCUCCGGAUUCCAUAUUCGGUUGCAAUGGAGGGGCUCUGAUCGGUGUUGACCUUGAAGCAUUUGAGCUUUCCGACAUAUUGCUUAGCCAGUUUCUCGAUGACAGGGUGGAUCAUUCGGCACGGCCCACACCAUGGUGCCCAGAAUUCAACCAGAACAGUAGAGGAGACAAACCAAUCCAACAACAGUCAGGAUGCAUGAAGUUCGACGAGGAUCACUAA